UCCACAACCCCCAAACCAACCAGGAAAGGCUCUCAAACAACUACCAAGAACCAAAAGUUCACCUUUCCUUGGUCAUUAAUUUCCUCUUGCCACCUUUCCUUGAGUCAUUUUUCUUGCCCUGCUCCAUCAAAAAUCAAAAUGGAGACUAAGCAAGAUCAACAAGAACUUGUUUUCCGAUCAAAACUUCCUGAUAUAUACAUCCCUAAUCACCUCCCACUGCAUUCAUAUUGCUUUGAAAACAUACCCCAAUUCUGCAAGCGUCCUUGCCUGAUCAAUGGCACCACAGGGGACACCUACACCUAUGCUGAUGUUGAACUCAUUGCACGUAAAGUUGCUGCCGGCCUCGACAAAAUUGGCAUCCAACAAGGUGAAGUUAUCAUGCUCUUGCUCCAAAAUUCACCUGAAUUUGCAUUUGCACUUCUCGGAGCAUCCUACCGGGGGGCCAUGAGUACAACUGCCAAUCCAUUUUACAAGCCGGCUGAAAUCGAAAAGCAAGCAAAAGCAUCCAAAGCCAAGCUGAUCAUCACACAAUCCUGUUAUGUUGAGAAAGUGAUGGACUUUGCUAAAGAAAAUAAUGUCAAAAUCAUGUGCACUGAUGCCCCUCCGGAGGGUUGUUUGCAUUUUUCGGAGCUGUCGUCGGCUGACGAAAAAGACAUUCCAGCCGUGAAAAUCAGUCCAAACGAUGCCGUUGCACUGCCUUAUUCAUCAGGCACCACUGGUCUACCAAAAGGGGUCAUGCUGACGCAUAAAGGGUUGGUCACAAGUGUUGCUCAGCAGGUUGAUGGAGAAAAUCCCAAUCUUUAUUUUCACAAGGAAGAUGUGAUAUUGUGCGUUUUGCCUUUGUUCCACAUAUAUUCACUCAAUUCUGUGUUGCUUUGUGGGCUAAGAGUUGGUGCGGCAAUUUUGAUCAUGCAAAAGUUUGAGAUUAAUGCACUAAUGGAGCUUGUGCAAAAAUAUAAGGUGACAAUUGCUCCAUUUGUGCCACCAAUUGUUUUGGAAAUUGCCAAAAGUCCUGUGGUGGAUAAGUAUGAUCUUUCAUCCAUAAGAAUGGUGAUGUCCGGCGCGGCACCCAUGGGGAAGGAGCUCGAGGACACCGUUCGAGCUAAGCUCCCAAAGGCAGUGCUUGGACAGGGAUACGGCAUGACUGAGGCAGGACCUCUGCUGUCCAUGUGCUUAGCGUUUGCGAAGGAGCCAUUUGAUGUCAAAUCAGGUGCUUGCGGGACAGUUGUGAGAAAUGCUGAAAUGAAAAUUGUAGAUCCCGAAACUAAUCUCUCUCUACCCCGCAAUCAAGCUGGAGAAAUUUGCAUCAGAGGCGAUCAGAUCAUGAAAGGUUACCUUAAUGAUCCGGAGGCAACUGAGAAUACAAUCGACAAAGAAGGAUGGUUGCACACAGGAGAUAUAGGGUACAUUGAUGAUGAUGAUGAAAUUUUCAUAGUGGACCGAUUGAAGGAAUUAAUCAAGUAUAAAGGGUUUCAAGUGGCACCUGCAAGAGCUGCGAAGCCUGCUCAUUUUCCUCACCCUUAUGUAUUUCUUGCAUGCAGUCUGUUGUCUCAUGAGGCAGCUGGAGAAGUUCCUGUUGGCCUUUUGGGGUCAGAGCAAAUGGUUCCAAAAUUUCCGAGGAUGAGAUCAAACAAUUUAUUCUCAAACCAGGUUCUCUAG